GAUGGCGCACCACGACAAGGCAAAGUUCGCCCUCAGCCUCAGAGUCCUCCUCAUCCCCACCCCGCGCGAGUUUACCUCCGGAGGUCACCGAGCAGGAUUUACGACUGGUCAACAAAAGCACGUGAUGCUCCGCCGUACCCCAUAUUUGGGUGCCUACGUAAGAGAGAAUCAAGUCCGUGGCCCGCUCAUUUCCAUAAUUCAUCAUAAAUUGUGCAAGGCUGCAAUCGGACGCGCGAAAGCAUAAGAGCCACAAAUCAAGCACGCUUGCUUUAUGCUUUUCCACAACUCGAAAUAAUAACAAAACAGCGGCGGAAGCAGCAGCGAGCAGUGGAGGAAUUGUCAACAAAUGAGCUCCUAUUUUGUGAACUCAUUCUGCGGUCGCUAUGCCAAUGGCGCGGACUUCCCGUUACAUAAUUAUGGCGAGCACGGUUCGGCGGACGAGCAGUACAGAGACCCCCCCGCCGUGCACUCCGGCAGGUACGGCGGCUAUGGCUACAACGGGAUGGACUUGACCGUCGGCCGGCCCGCGAGCGGACACUUCGUGGGCGGCGAGCGGACCGCCGCCUUCUCCCCGAGCCACUCGGCGGCCGCCACCCCCUCGGCGGAGCCGGUCAGGUACGCGCAGCCCGCCGCCGGUGGCGCCGCCAACCCGACUCUGUCCCCCGCUGCCGAUCCGAUCCCGUGCUCGUCCUCGGUGGCCGGCUCCACGCAAGUCUGCACCGAGUCUCGGAGCCAGCACCGAGCCGUGAAAAACUCGCUCCCCAGCCCGUGCUCCAGCUCCGGCGGGGGCACUCUGCUGCACAACCGGGACUGUGCGCCCAAGGGGUCGCCUCUGGACGACGACAAGCCCGCGGGGAGCACGCCCGGGACGCCACAGAAUGCCAGCGACCCCACGCAGCCCCAGAUAUAUCCCUGGAUGAGGAAACUGCACAUAAGCCACGAUUUGUCAGGGCCAGAGGGCAAGCGUGCCCGAACCGCCUACACCCGCUACCAGACCCUGGAGCUGGAGAAGGAGUUCCACUUCAACCGCUACCUGACCCGCAGGCGGAGGAUCGAGAUCGCGCACGCCUUGUGCCUCUCGGAGAGACAGAUCAAAAUCUGGUUCCAGAACCGAAGGAUGAAGUGGAAGAAGGACAACAAGCUGAAGAGCAUGAGCAUGGCUGCGGGCGCGGGAGGCUACAGGCCUUGAUCGUCCUCCCCCAUCUCACCCCACGCGACCCACCCACCCAUCAUCAUCACCCCGGAUGAGGAGUGAUGCAAAAAUCCAAGUUCUGUCAUAUCAACUUCCUGUUAUGUGGCCGCAAAGACGAGAGGCCACCAGGAGCGGCCGGCGCUAUAUCCGACCCGGUUUUCAUUUACAGUAGUGGGAAAGUACUCCGUCACAAUUGUACUACAGUUCUGCCUAGAUUUAGAGACAAUGGAUAAAUAAUUGUUGGUUUAAAUUAUUUCUUGUUCAGGAAUAAAACAAAAGCAAAAAGGAGAAUAUGCUACCUAUUAACCAGCGAAUGCACUCAAUGUACACACUCAAGUUCCAGCUUACUUGUUUAGCAAAGUUUUCUGUGUACCUCCAGUAUAUUGUGUAUUGUAUUUAUUUGUGUGGUGUGUAUUGUGCUCAAUUGAGAUAUUUUUUUCUUUUGGUAAAAAAAAAGGCCUCCAAAAUUCCGAAAAGUGAUUUUAUGCGUGUCGGCUCAAGUCUUGCGUGUACAGUACAACUGCGCAUUAUAUAUUAAAUUGUUUUUGCAUCUUAUAAAGACAUAAGGCUUGUUAAAAAUGUUUCCUUUUUUGCCUCUUUUUUUUAAACUGCAUUGUAUAUGACCCCCGUGGUGUUAAGCUUUUUUUUUUAAAAAAUGUUUUUUUUUUUAAAAAGACUGGAAGUCAAGAAUGUACUGUAAAAGGCAUUGUUGCUGUUUAUCAUGAUAAUUAUAAUAAACUUUUUACUGG